UAUAAGUUAUAUAUAUGUAAACAUUACAGAGCAAAGUAAAAUAAAAGCAGUAGCAGUAUCAGCAAUAACAGCAACAGCACCACCAGAGUAGAACAACGUUAUUGAAAUAUAUCAGCUGAUGAGUGACAACAGACUGAUGAUCGUUGUCCUGGGUACUUGGUUAUGGCGACAAGCAGCUCUGACGGUUCUUAUACGGCCCCAGCUGAUUUCCAAUUAUCAUCCGAACUAGAAGACGUAUCUAGCCGUCUAAGUGUUAAUUUAUUAAAGUGUCCAUUGUGCCAUUACAGUAGACGAAUAUUUUACUGUAGGCAGUGUGUUCAAAAUGGUGACUUUGUACAUUCAACUUCUGUUUACUCUGAACGGUUUGCGGAUAAACAGGUACGGUUGUUACGGCUGAAAGCUGCUAGAGCUCUGUUAGAGGACAAGUGGACCAAAAUAUUUGAAAAGCAUCGUCAGAAAGAUAAACUGGCAUGUGAUAUUAAUACAUGCAAGGAACGAGUGAGAUUACUGCAGAGUCUGAUACAUGAAACAAAGCAAAGUAUAAACAAAGGUAAUGAACGGUUAAAUAUCUUGAAAGACGCAAACUCUCAAAUAGUCCAGAGAUUACCGAGACACGAGAGCAGAGUUGAAAGAGUCCAUGAAUUUAUCGAUGACCUGAAGACUAAGCAGGAUAAACAGAGGGGAAAUGUUGAUAGGAAGCGUAAAAGAUUGAAGAAAGUCAUAAGAACAGCAGCUAGACAAUUGGUUCAAUAUAUUUUUCCACUGUGUCAGGUUGAACCCGAGCGGAGUUUUUGUAAUAGCGACGAGGAGAAUCCCAAUGCUGAUGUUGUAACAUGCGCAUUAGCUGAUGCAUCAGGUACUUCGUAUGUAAGAGGACGGUGGAUUAGCGACUCUGAAAAUAGUUUGGAGAUGCACCAUCGUAUUGUCGCUCCAACUCUCCCAGGUUCUGGUGACUAUAGUGCUUAUUCACUUUGGGUUGCAGCGAGCAAAGAUGGAACACCAGGAGCUAAUAAAGAAAACACAAUGAACAAUCCUGCGUAUAAUAUUAGCGCCGCUCUUACGUAUGCUACGCAGCUAGUCAACGUACUUGCUUACUACAUAAAUGUCCGAUUACCAUACAAACUUACAUAUGGAGAAUUUUGCGGUAAUGAAAUGUCAGACCAAAAAUUUGCUCGAAAAGUUGCUAGAUUAAAUAGCAAUAUUCUACAUCUAUGCUUCACUCAGAAUACAAAUGUCACGGUAUUACAUCCUAUGCAUACUCUGCAGAAUCUUAUGCACUUGCUCAAUACUGAAAUAAGUGAUCUUGGCAGGAUUGGCCCAAUGGAAGUAGAUCCAAGUAUAGUGGAAAAAUUACACAAUCAAUUGACUUCUGAUCUGGAGAACAGUGACGACUCUGGCUCAGACGAAGAGGAGGAUGCUUUUAAUUGGGAGUGGGAGGCUGUUCCAAAUGUUGCAUGUCCGGAAAUGCAAGUUCCUCAUCCAGGUACGAUGGCUAGCCAACAGUCAUCAAGUAUACAUGUUAAUCAGAGCGUUGCUGGGGGCUUGGUGACAAGUGCAGCUGCUAGUAUCGCAUCUAUUUGGCGAGGAUGGACUACCAAUAGAUAGAAUAAACUAAAUAAAAUAUAAUUAUUUAAAAGAAAUUAAAUAUUUCAGUGGAUAGAUUUAUUUAAUUUCUUUUUUUUUUUUUAUUUUUAAAUAUUUCGGAUUACCCAACGUUUGGAAUUAUAUUUUUUUAAGCAACUAAAUUUGACAUUCAUCAACGAAACAUAUUGAUAAAUUCGUUAAGCACAAUAGAUGUUGACAAAAAAAAAAAAAUGAAAAAAAUAAUUAUAAAUAAAUUGCAUAUAACUUGAAAGUUAUUGUUGGUAGAAUUUGAAAUCGUUGUAAUAUUUAUGACGAUUAUUUAAAUAAUUAUAAAUAAAAAAUAUGUGAUAUAUUCGAUUCUAUAGAAAUAUAAGUACAUACUCGAGUAACAAAGCAUAAUUGUCUUUCGAU